CCGAAAAAAUGGAGUGGGUGUAAAAUGGCAUGGAAACCCACAUCCCAUUUGGAAUGCCAAAGUUUAGCUUAAAAAUACGAAUCGGCGGACUUGCACACAAGAACAUAGAUAAUUACAGUGACAGUGAUUGGGUUUAGGGUUUAUCAGGAAGAAGAUGGAAGGGAGGCGAGUGAGAAGGUUUGGGAGGGUACAGACUCGAACCCUCCUUCCCUUACACAUCAAGCGUCUCUCCAACACCGUUUCCUGUUGGUACUGCGACGUCAAGACCUCUGCCUUCAAUGAUCCACUCUUCCGCCUCGGACGAACAUAUUCCAGGUAUUUGCGAGUUUGGUUUGCAGCUGGGAUCGGUUUUAGUCUAACGGCAAUGCUUGGAGUUUGUAUGAUUCUUCUAUGGGAAUUAGCCAGAGUGCUGCAUUUGUAUGAUGGCAAUGCCUGGCUUAGCAGGCUUCUGAGUGGCUCCUUGUUUGGGAUUUUCCCUUCGGGUUUUGGAUUGAGCAUAUCAGUGACUGAUGUUGGAUACAUGUGUAUAUCUACAAUCAUAUCUGUUUCUGCACAUGAAUUUGGGCAUGCUCUUGCUGCUGCCAGUGAGGGAAUACAAAUAGAGUACGUUGCUGUAUUUUUAGCAGUUCUAUUUCCUGGAGCUCUGGUGGCUUUCAAUUAUGAGUUGCUGCAGGCAUUGCCAAGUUUUGCUACCCUUCGCAUAUACUGUGCUGGCAUAUGGCAUAAUGCUGCAUGUUGUGCACUUUGUGGAUUUGCAUUGUUCCUCCUGCCAUUGAUCUUGAAUCCAUUCUACAUUCACGGUGAAAGUCCCAUGGUUCUGGAUGUGUCUUCGACGUCAUCUUUGUCUGGUUUUUUGUCUCCUGGUGAUUUAAUAAUGUCAUUGGAUGGCAUACGUAUCCAUAAUGCACAAGAGUGGAUGGAGAUGGCUGCUCAUAUACAUGAGAAGACACUUCAAAACUCAAACGUUUCCAUUGAUUUUCGCAACAUGAUAGCCAAUGGCAAAAAGGGAUACUGUGUCCCCAGUUCUUUGAUUGAAGCAAGCAAGGACAUUCAAUUGACAGACGACCAAUCUACCUGUCCUAAUGAGUUUACUGCAUUUACAAGUAUGCCGUGCUUUAAUUCAAACAUGCUUGAUAAGGGUAGCAUUGAAGGUGAUAGCAGAGAGGUUAUGUAUUGCUUGAUUGCUAAGGAUAUUGUCAAGCUUAAAAAAUGUGGUGAUGGAUGGGGGAAUUUUGCAAACAAUAAAAGCAGCUGCCUAUGUUCUGAGGAUGAGUCCUGCUUAACUCCAGUCCAGGCACCGGGUUUAACGUGGGUUGAGAUCACAUAUUCAAGCCCUUAUACUUUGGAAUGCUGGCAAAAUGGAGGAAAAUCAUUUGCAGGUGUUAAGAGUCUAAACUUUGAAGAAACGAGUUGUGAUGGAACUUUUGUUUUCAUUGGUGAUGUGAUCUCCAUGGCUCAUUCAGUUCGGUUAACUGCAUAUCGGCCUCGUUGGAUGUUUUCUUUUGGUGCAUUACUUCCAAAUGUUCUGGAAAAGAUUUUGGUGUGCACGUUUCAUUUCUCUCUCGCGCUAGCUCUUCUCAACAGCCUUCCGGUUUACUUUCUCGAUGGUGAAUCCAUUUUGGAGGUGACUCUAUGUUACAUGAGGUUGUUGAGCCCGAGGAUGAAGGGAAGAGUUCUUCAAUUAUGUCUUUUAGGAGGGACCCUCAUUUCCAUUCUCGCCUUUUUGAGAAUCGUUCUUUUCACCAUUUUGUAAGUUUGAUGUUGCCAUAUUGUCCCCGAGUUUCUUAUGUUACUAUCCAAUUUUGAUAUUUCACUUUUUGUACUGUAUUUUACAUCUUUCACGUUAUAUGCCUUAAUGUGCAUCUUCAGCUUUUAUUUUUA